CGCGCUUGUCCACUCCCUUCAUCCGGCGACCACCUCCCCUCCCAAGGCGGACCCGCGGCCAUGUCUUUGCGAUCCCUCCUUCUCGCGUUAUCUCUCUCUGGCGCCUCCUCCGUCCUUGCCCAGGAGGGCAGCAUCUCUGGCGCGCAGUCAAGCCCGGAGGCGGCGGGCUACUCCUGCGACGCCGACAAGUGCAAGCUGCCCGACUGCAACUGCGCCAGCACCAGCCCUCCCGGCGGUCUCGACCCCAAAGACGUCCCCCAGUUCAUCGUCUUCACCGCCGACGAUGCAGUCGAGACGUACACUAUCGACGCCGUCAACCAGUUCCUCCAGCACCGCCAGAACCCCAACGGCUGCCAGCCCAAGAUGACCUACUUCACGUCGCUGAACUACACCAACUUCGGACUCGUGACAGAUUGGUUUGUUGCGGGGAACGAGAUCGCGGACCACACCAUGACCCACGUGGGCAGCCCUCCCCCGGAGGAGAUCAACGGGAAUAUAAUCGCGUUGAAUGCGCUUUCCGGAAUUCCCGUAUCAGCCAUUCAAGGCUUCCGCGCACCUUAUCUCGAGUUCACGGUCGACACGCUCAAACAUCUCGCGAACGCCUCUUUCACGUAUGACUCUAGCGCCGCGGCCUCCGUUCCGGUCACGGACGAGGGCACCGACGCGUUCUGGCCGUACACCCUCGACUAUGGCAUGGCGAACAACUGCCUCGCGGUCGACGGUCUCUGCAAGGGCGAACCCAAGCUCCCCGGCUUCUGGGAGAUCCCGAUGUACUCGUUCUUCGACGACCGUGGGGCGGCGGGGCCUCAUUUAAUGGACCCUUGGCUCGAGGCCGCCAACGGCGAUUCGAAGGUCGAUAACGAGGCGACGCUCGAGUACAUGAAGAACACGUUCACAGCCCACUACGAGAACAACAGGCAGCCCAUUGGCCUGUACACGCAUCCUAUCCAUGUCGCAUCCAACUAUCCUGGUGUCAAGGCGCCGAAGGGCAUCAUCAACAUGAUCAACGCCUUCCUCGACUGGGCUCAGGAGCAGGACAAUGUCUGGAUCGUCUCCAACGAGCAGCUUCUGGCUUGGGUGCGCGACCCGAAGCCGGUCUCGCAGCUCGACAGUGUCGGCGCGCUCAAGUGCUCGACGCCGUCGGUGGACAAGAACAUCUGCAACGGCAUGCCGGACAAGGAGUCGGGUCUCCAAAGCAAGUGCACCUUUGACGAGUACCCCUUCGACACAUGUUACGGCUGCCCUGAAGAGUUGCCGACGGUGAAGAACCCGAACCCGAAGCAGGCGCCGCCCGACGGCGAGUCCGAGCGUCACCGCCUCCCGGAUAACUGCACCACCGCGUUCUGGGACCCCAUCGAGGGCGAGUGCAUCUGCACGUCCGACACCUGCGAGUUCCACGACACGACGCGGCCGAUUGGGCCCAACGGUGCGAACCUCACGGGCGGCAACAAGGGCGACUCGUUCGGGAACGAGGAUCAGGACGAUGAUGACGGCUCAUCGACGUUCAACGGCCCGAAUGGCGCGGACAUACUCCUUCCGUCGCUCCUCCUUGCGCUUGUUGGAGGCACGGUUGGCGUCGUUGGCCUUCUCGGUCAGCUAUAAUCGGGCUUGGGCAACUAUAAUGGAGCUCGGCGACUAUUCGCUAUCGCGCUCGUUGCCCAAGGCUGCGUAACUUAUGACCGUCAUUAUGGUCGCUUAUGGCCAGUAUUAUGGCUUGGGACUUGGAUCUGCAUAUCUAACACACACUACCUUACUACUGCACGCUAUCCUGUGGCCUUUGGACCGUCAGUCAUUGGAUUUGUUACUCGCGAAUGGAUGCGUAGCUACAGAGCUUCCACGUUGGAGCACGGUUAGCUACGUCUAGGUUCUGGAAUGGAAUCGACAGUAUCAGCAUGAUUCAUAUUUGGGUGGUUUGUGUGCAUGCGCGCUAGGGG